CGGAGUUGGCUCCUGAGCGCGGGGAGCGGGGCCACCCGCGCCGCCCCACCAUUACCUCCCCGGGCGGCAAGGAGGAGCUGGUGGCGGUCGCCUCCCGGCUGUGGCAGCGGCGGCGGCGCGCCUGCCUGGCGGCCGUCGGCGUACUCCUGGCCAUGGCGCUCGGGCUGCUCAUCGCGGUGCCCCUGCUGCUGCAGGCGGCGCCCCCCGGUGCGGCGCACUACGAGAUGAUGGGCACCUGCCGCAUGAUCUGCGACCCGUACAGCGCCGCGCCCGGAGGGGGCCCCGCGGGCGCCAAGGCGCCGCCGCCCGGACCCAGCACCGCUGCCCUGGAAGUCAUGCAGGACCUCAGCGCCAACCCUCCGCCCCCCUUUAUCCAGGGACCCAAGGGCGACCCAGGGCGACCUGGCAAACCAGGGCCCCGGGGUCCCCCUGGAGAACCUGGUCCGCCUGGGCCCAGAGGCCCUCCAGGGGAGAAGGGCGACUCGGGAAGGCCAGGGCUGCCCGGGCUGCAGCUGACAACGAGCGCGGCCGGUGGCGUCGGAGUGGUGGGCGGCGGAGCCGGGGGCGGCGGCGAUCCCGAGGGCGAAGUGACCAGCGCGCUGAGCGCCGCCUUCAGUGGCCCCAAGAUCGCUUUCUACGUCGGACUCAAGAGCCCCCACGAAGGCUACGAGGUGCUCAAGUUCGACGACGUGGUCACCAAUCUGGGUAAUCACUACGACCCCACCACGGGCAAGUUCAGCUGCCAGGUGCGAGGAAUCUACUUCUUCACCUACCACAUCCUCAUGCGCGGCGGCGACGGCACCAGCAUGUGGGCAGAUCUCUGCAAGAACGGACAGGUCCGAGCCAGCGCCAUCGCUCAAGACGCAGACCAGAACUACGACUACGCCAGUAACAGCGUGGUGUUGCACCUGGAUUCGGGGGACGAGGUGUACGUGAAGCUGGACGGCGGGAAGGCGCACGGUGGCAAUAACAACAAGUACAGCACGUUUUCGGGCUUUCUUCUGUACCCGGAUUAG